AUGAUUCUAGUUCCCAUCCAGGAUAACCUGCAAGAAAUCAACAUUGCACAACCUAAAAUAAACUUCGCAAGUCGUUAUCUUGGUGCGGCAAUGACAGAAACACCUAGGAGAGCUUAUGAAGCUUCUGCCAAAACAGUUUUUUCUUCCCAGAAGAAAAUGGCUGUUCCUAACCCGUACAUGGAGCAAACAAAUUAUGGUUUAUGCACAUCAACACCACAUCCGGGCUUUUACCCGUUCCUACCACCAUUCCCAGCAAUCUUCUCUCCCUUCACAUCCUAUUAUCCACGAUAUGAAAAUUCGAGCACAAGCUCUUCGACGGGGUCAUCCUAUCCAUCGACAUCAUCUGAGGAAGAAUCGAAGCCAGUGCAGCCAGCGGUAGAUCGCUGCUCACCUCCACCUCGUCUUUUGCCCUACAACACAUCAUUGGUGAGUUGGCCUAUGAUAUUUGCGAAUUCCUGGAGGAGACGCGUGUUUGCGACAUAUUUGCAGUCCGAAGAUUCUGGAUUCUCUACAUCGUCUCCAGCGGAAGCCACCCCUUUGAGAAGAAAUUCUCUGCGAGGCUAUAAAAAGACAUUUUGUGCGAUUUGCAAAGUAAACAUCAACAGAGACGGGAAAAGAAGUCAGGGUCCACGCCGUCACCUACUCCAGCAUCAUGUACAGAGACCCCUUUUUCAAUGCCCUCACUGCUCACAUUCAUCGUUCUAUGAUAAAUUUCAUGUUACUAGUCACAUGAGGCGGAUACACCAAGACAACUCCGACAAGAUAAUCAACAGAAGCUCCGAAUUUGUAGAAGAAGUGAAUAUGUGGUAUAAGCGUUGCUUUGGAGAAGGCAAUGAAAUGAUGGAAAAGACAGAGAUUGCUGAAGGACCGAGCUGCCAGCUAUACUCAUCGCCACCUCCAGUGCUAACACCAGAGCCGGCCUGCAAGGAAAAUAUACAACCCGAAGAAGAAAAUCCUGAAGCACUCUUCCAAGCUACAGCACCCAAAAGACGCAAAAGAGGGUUUAUGGUAGCAGAUCUGUUGCAAGUGAGUAGUACACACUCAGCCCGGAGCGAGUUUUGAUGCCAAAGAAACCCCGAAUUGAAGUUCUCAUGUGAAGAUGAUUGUCCCAUGUGUACUGCCCAACUAUUGCCGCUUAAAGGAACAUCAUAAUACGGAGCCGGUUGCUA